AAAUAUACUAUAGAAAUGUUGACUAUCUCCCAAUUAAUUAACACACAUCUCUAGGACCACCAUGACUCCAUGAGGUACAUGACAACCUUGUCAACAUUUGGACUGUUUGGUACAUCAUACUGAGCGAAACACUGCAGAGAACAGAUCAAUGGUUGUUAGCAGUGGUGGUGGUGGAGGCCCUUGGGCGGAGAUGAAGGGUGGCCUCACCCUCCAAAUUCUGAAGGGGCGGAGAUUCAUGAUGUUUGGGUCUCUUUUGAUUAUGAACACGGCUGGUUUGAGCUACAUCUUUGCCCUCUACUCCAGCGAGAUCAAGUCCUCACUUGGCUAUGACCAAACCACCCUCAAUUUGAUCAGCUUCUACAAGGACUUGGGUGCAAAUAUUGGAAUCAUCUCUGGCCUAAUCAAUGAGAUCACACCCCCAUGGGUUGUGUUAGCUAUGGGUGCAGGGUUCAACUUUUUUGGGUACUUCAUGAUAUGGCUAAGCGUGACCGGAAGAGUUGCCAAGCCCCAUGUUUGGCAAAUGUGCUUAUACAUAUGCCUUGGCUCAAAUUCACAACCUUUUGUCAACACUGGAGCCCUUGUCACUUGCAUCAAGAACUUCCCUGAAAGCCGUGGAGUUCUUAUUGGUGUUUUGAAGGGUUACACGGGUCUAAGUGGGGCUGUGAUUACACAGUUGUACCAUGCUAUCUAUGGUGAUGACGCGAAGUCUUUGAUUUUGCUAAUUGCGUGGCUUCCAGCAGCUAUAUGUUUGACUUUUCUUCGAACCAUGAGGAUCAUGAAGGCUCCUCGGCAGCCUAACGAGCUCAAACUUCUCUAUAAUUUCCUCUAUAUUUCGCUUGGUCUCGCGGGGUUCUUGAUGAUUAUAAUCAUAGUAGAGAAAAGGGUCACCUUUACACAAAGUGAAUAUGGAGGGAGUGCAGCCAUGGUACUUUUCUUACUGUUUCUCCCACUUGCAGUUGUCAUUAGAGACGAGUACAGGCUUUGGAAGAGUAAGAAUGAAGCCAUGAAUGACCCUUCACCAAUAAAAGUUACUACAGAGGAGGCAAUUUCUAAUGGAGCUUCAACAAUUUCAGUCACGACAAGUGCUCAAAAUAAAAAGCAAGUUUCUUGUUGGCAAACAGCUUUUCAGCCACCAGAUAGAGGGGAGGACUAUACGAUAUUACAAGCACUUUUCAGCAUUGACAUGUUGCUGAUAUUCUUUGCUACAAUCUGUGGCCUAGGGGGAACUUUAACGGUAAUAGACAACUUGGGUCAGAUUGGAGCUUCCUUAGGAUAUCCAAAGCAAAGCAUAAGCACUUUUGUGUCACUUGUAAGCAUUUGGAACUACCUCGGACGUGUGGUCGCAGGUAUUACCUCCGAAAUUUUCAUUACAAAGUACAAAAUCCCACGCACUCUCAUGCUCACUUUGACUCUCCUAGUAUCAUGUAUUGGUCACCUCCUAAUCGCGUUUAAUAUACCGAAUGGUAUCUAUUUCGCAUCAGUGAUUAUUGGGUUUUGUUUUGGUGCACAAUGGCCAUUGCUCUUUGCAAUUAUUUCUGAAAUCUUUGGCCUCAAGUACUACUCUACACUGUUCAAUUUUGCGGCAGUGGCAAGUCCAAUAGGGUCUUAUUUGCUCAAUGUGAGAGUCACUGGGCAUUUAUAUGACAAGGAAGCUGAGAAGCAAAUGGUAGCCUCGGGGCUCAUAAGGAAGGUUGGGGAGGACUUGAAGUGUAAUGGGGUUGAGUGCUUCAAAUUGUCUUUCAUUAUCAUUGCUGCCGUGACCUUUUCUGGCACACUUGUUUCGUUCAUUCUGGUGCUAAGGACUAGGAAGUUCUAUAAGAGUGACAUCUAUAAGAAGUUCAGUGAGAAUGAGAAUCAGGCCCAAACGAAAACCGUGAUGGCUGGAGAUGGUGCCCAACUGGUGGAGGCACAAGUUAGGUAGGUAAUGACUGGGAGCUAUAUCCCACCUUUUGGGUCUUUUCUUGCAAAAUUAUUUGUAAUUACCCAGUGAUUUUUAAAGUUACAAGGCUUUUUUUAUUUUUUUUAAAUAAUUCCUACUGGAUAUUAAUAAUAUUAGUCCCACACACAAACACACUAAUUUUUGCAAAACAGUCUUAUGUGGUAGAUUAUGAAAGGUAAAAAAAAUAGAUUUAUGUGAUAGUAACAGAUAACCGAUCAUAGUCUAUCACGUAAGAAAAUUAUGACAAAAUAUGUGUAUUUGUGUGCAGUAUUAGUAUUAUUAACUAGAUAAUAGAAGACACUCCACACUUAUGGUUUUCUUAAAGUAGCUUGUAUUUAUUACUUUAUGCAACUUCCUUGAGGGAAGAAAAUUUAGUA